AUGAAUGGCAGUGCAUUUUUCGAUUUCUCUGGGCCUCUGGGCUUCGGUACAUGGGACGAAGCUAUGCUUCUGAGCCCCAAUUCCUGGCCUACGGAUCCUACAAUCGCUGCGGCCACCUCACAUCUGAAUACGGUGCCCCAGCCUAUUUAUCAACUCCCGCUUGGUCACCAGUCCUCCGGUCCAAUGGUGGCAGCUGCUCCAGUCACGCCCCGAACAAGCUGUCAGGCAAUGGUAGAGCGCCCAGGACAGCAGCCAGAUCCAGCCUCGACAUCUCCUUUCUCACACAAAGACAUGCAGAAUGGAUCAGUCGAUGGCGAUCUGCUCGUCAACACCUUCCUGCAGAUGCUUAUGCCGCCCAUCCUCACUCCAGUGGAGAUUGGUCCCAAGUGGGCGUCCACACGAGCUUUCUUCGGGACUAUGGCUUCUGAAACCCCUGUCGUGCGAAGCGCCAUCAUGGCUUUUGCAGCGAUGCAAAUGCAGCGGAGCGAACUGGGCGGUGAAGCCGUAAAGACCGAUUGGCGGCCUUUGUAUGAUAUCGCUGCUAGACAGCUGUCAGGCGCGCUUGCGAAGAGGCGUAAAGCAGAAGGCAGCGAGACCCCGAAGAGCAGGCUCAAGCACGUCUUGGCAUCUCUAUUUCUUCUGACAUAUACGGACCUACUGACGGAGACCCUUCCUAGGGCACACGCGAACCUGCGCGAAGCAUACACCUUAAUACAAAGCGCGAACAAGGUGGCCUUUACGGUGCCAGAAAGGCGACUAAUAUCAUGGCUUCGUCUAUUAGAUGCACGCGCUGUGUCAACCAACGGAGGUGAAGGGCUGUUCCUUGCAGACACCGACGAAACAUUAUUCGACGCCUCACCUGCCGCCAACCCCGCUUCAGACCCUGAAACCCAAGACACUGAGAUAGAUGAGAUACUUUUUGAUGUACUCUACCAUCCCGGUAUUGUCUUCUAUCAAAAGGUCCAAUCGUUUGUUGGCAGAAUCACCAGAAUCGACCCGUGGCACCGAAGUCGCGGCACAGUGCAGGAUGAGACCGAAGUGAUGGCUCUCGCAGCGCAAAUAUCGAAAGACUUACAUGCGCUCUACGGACAACGGCCGGCUCUCAUGGACCACGCUGUCGCAGGUAGCUUGACCGAAAAACACCUCGCUCGGAACUUGGCUGUAGCGCUCACACGGAGCUUUCGUACAUACCUUGCCAACUACUAUGCGUCAUUCAUACACCUGCAUCGAGUGGCUUAUGUACAGUACCCCAAAACUAAGGACGUCACGACGGCAAUCACCAACAUCAAACGUCUAUCGCACCUUAUGGCACAGACUGAUGAGUCACUUCCUGUCAACUUGCUGUGGCCGCUCAUGAUAUGGGCGGCAGAAGAGGAGAACCCAGAGGAAAGGCGCUGGAUUCUCGAGUCUAUUAGGAGCCUUGAGAGUAUUGCAUCGAAUGCGAAGGCCACUGGCGACCUCCUCGAGGAGGUGAUCCGACGACAGGACGAAAGCAAACGACGAGUCGACAUACGAAGCGUCAGCCAAGAGUAUUUUGCAAGCCACCAUUUUGCAAUUGUGUAA